AUGCCCCGUCGCGAUUUCGAAACGCCCAUCCCGAUCGGCGGCUCCAACAGCUCUUUUCUCCUCAAAGGCAGUAUUUCCGAGACCGAGCUCGACGCCGAGCUCCUCGCCGACCUGCCCCUCCUUGGCAAGGUCACCCUCACGCACAUCCGCGGCGACGUCCGGGACGGCCUCGCGACACACAACUCGUUCAACGUCGGCCUGUGGUCCGGCACCGUCGAGUGCACGAUCCACGACGACUGGCUGUUUGUUGCGCUCACCGCCGGUAUGUUCGGCCAGUCGAUCGGCCCCGUGAAAGUGCGCCUGUUUUACAUCCCGCAACAGCUGUUGGCGAAGCUAUAA